CUUCUGUACUGCCAUACUUGAGAAACUGAACCGUGUAUAAAAGCUGAUGUCUACCUACGAUUUCACUUAGUCUUAUUUUUACUUUCUGUUGUAACCGUCACUUAAAGUUUUGUCGUUUUUUUUUUCAAUCAUCAUGAAAGGACUAGUACUAGCAGUACUUGCCGUAGUAAUCUACACAGUAUCUGGAUUUCCUCAAAAAGACGGUCAAGCAUUCAGCAGCGAAGCAAUAAACCAGGCGAGAAACACUUUACUGAUCCCAAAGGACGCUCAGAUCCAGCAUGUCCAAGAAGGCAUUGAACUGGUGGCCCGUGAGUCGAUCCCCGGGGACGAGAAGAUAGAUCUCUUUGCGAUUCUCAGGGAUGUAGUUCCUCGAGAAGUCGUCGACAACCUCCAGCCUCAAAUCGACGGAAUCGGCCAGCACCACUAACUUUCUGACUAAUUUAAUCCUACUGUACUUAAAAUUUCAUAUAUUUUCAUAUAAAAAGUUUCGAC